UCGCCCCAGAGCUGCUCUCAAGCUCCCCAUCGAGGGCAGGAUGAAACGCGACUGUAAAAUUUGAUGCGCCAGCGAGAGGAGCCAGAGCCGCCGUCGAGCCGGAGAGAAGAUGGAGGACGACCUGGUGUCAGAGGAUGAUAUCUUGCUCUGGUCAGAAAAGGAGUUCCACGAUGCGGCGAAGAGGAAUGACACGGGGAAAAUGCAAGAGCUGAUAAAGAAGGGUGUGGAUGUGAAGGCCAAAAAUAAAAUGGACCGCAAGGCGCUGCACUGGGCAGCCGGAACAGGGAACGAACAGGCUGUUCGUCUCCUGCUGGACCAUGACCACGACCUGGACGAGCAGGACAGUUCUGGGAAGGCAGCGUUUCACCUGGCCGCUGAACAUGGACAGCUGGACGUUGUGGAGUUCCUAAUUGGAAUGGGCUGUACACAUGGUUUGAAGGACAAGGAGGAGAGCACUGCUAUGCAUCUAGCAGCAAAGCACGGCCAUACAGAGGUGCUGCAGAAGAUUGUGGAGACUGGGAUAGAUGUUGAUGAGAGGAACAUUGAUGGUCUUACAGCAUUGCACCUGGCAGCUGAUGGAGGUCACUAUGAGUGUGUCAGACUGCUGUUGGAAUCCUGUUGUAACAUCAACGCACUAAAUAAUAAAAACAUGAAUGCCCUCCAUUAUGCAGCCCAGCAUGGAUUCUACAGAGAGGCCAGCCUACUGUUGGAGGCAGGAAUUAACACAGAUGCUGUAGACAGUCACCACAACACACCUGUCCAUAUAGCCGUGUUCAACAAUUACACAGAGCUUGUAAGGCUACUUAUAGAUGCUGACUGUGACCUGGAUAUCCCUGACAAUAGGCAGCAGACAGCCUUGCACAUCGCAGCAGAGCAUGGCUGGCAGGACACGGCAGAGAUGAUCCUCAUUGCUGGAGUCAACCUCAAUCUGACAGACAAGCAGGGGAAAACCUGCCUGGAGGUGGCAGCAAGAGGCGGCCAUGUCAUCUUGGUUGACAUGAUCAUCAAAGCAGACCGUUUUUACAAAUGGGAGAAGGAUCACAUGGGCAGUGACCAGGAUUCAUGGGUGGGGAGACAGCUGAGCUUCAAGCAGGACCACCAGCUGGAGACACAGCACUUACGCUCUGUCCUGUGGAGUCUGGCCACUAAACACCUUUGCCGGGGGGAGUGGAAGAUUCUUGCACAACUCUGGGGCUUCACUGAUGCACACAUAAGAGCUAUAGAACAACAGUGGACAGGUAUGAAAAGCUUCAAAGAGCAUGGUCACAGAAUGCUGUUAAUCUGGCUGCAUGGAGUAGUGAUCGCAGGGGAGAACCCCAUCAAAGGCUUGUAUGAAGGGCUGGUGGAAAUCUCACGGUCAGACUUAGCAGAAAGCAUCCGGCAGAAGGCAAACGCCGACACCAGCUCACCCAAAAUAUGUACUGCUAUGUGAAUGACUGCAUAAGGAGGGCGACAAAUCCAAGAUUUCAGUCUUUUUUUCACAUAAUUUCUCUUGAUAAGCACAGAGUAUAUUGAUGUUAGGGAUAGAUAAAUGGUGGUUGUUAACCUGUAGAAUAGUUUAUGAACAGUUAAAGUUGUUUUUGUGCAUGCAAUGAACAGAUACUGAUAUUAAGUCACUUAUUAAUUUAUUUUUUCAAGCUAUUUAAGCUACCACUACUGUCUCCAUCAACAAAGGGCUUGUAAAACACGUUUUAACACACUAUAGGACCACUUGUCUAAUAAAGUAGAUAGUGGGCCAUUAUAAGGCACAAAAGAAUUCCUCGUUAAAAGGCCAAAUUUUGUGAAACAGGGUGAUGAGUGUAACUGUGAUCUAUAGUAAUGACUAUUUUUGCAUGAAGCAACCAUUUUGUCUUUGUAAUACAAGUCUUCAUGAAAACAAAUAGUGAAUCGUGGAAAUACUUAACAAACCUAAUGGUUUUGUAAGAACUGUACUGUAGUACAAACCUCUGUUGCUGAAUUUCAGUGUGGAUGCACUCUGUUGAUAUCCACUUUGUUUAUGCAAACCAAACUGUCCAGGAAAGGGGUUCCUAUGCACCAUUCAGUAGAUCUGUUUAAGAUAUUGUCACAGCAAAAUCCAUCUGGGAGCUUUGUAGUUAUGAUGUAGAACACAAGUACUUUUUCUUAAGGUGGGGGAGAACAGAGGAGUUAAACUUAAAAAAAAAAAAAAAAAAAAAGGACCAUACCAGUGAUUUUGAACAUUUGGUCUGUUUACUACAGUUGACUACCAUUUUACACUGCAACACCAAUUUUGCAAACCAUGUGGGCAUACAAAACAUUUCACAAUAUAUAAUCAAAAUUCUUCCAUUUUCAAAUUUGAAUUUUUAGCUGAAACAUACAACUUAUUCUCUGGUUUAUGAAUGGCAACUACCUUGUUGGCUGCAGAGGCAGGACUGAUAAUUGGCUGUUUAAAGCAAACAUUUCCAUACUAUUUACCAGCAGAGAAACCAUUUCAUCAAACCACAACAGUGCUGCUGCUUUUAGCAAAACUAAUAUGGAGGACUUUAUUACAGUGAUGGAAUACUGGUGUGAAGAAAGCUUGAAGUCUUUUAAAGUUAAUUUUCAUAUCGUAGUGGAAUGAACGGAAACCAACGGCUGGAUAAAAGGGAGAAAAAAAUUAUGGAGUUAUAAAAUAUAACUGCUCACUUUGGGAAAAGAUGUAUAACAUGAAGUUAUACAUUUAGUACGCCGCAAAAUCACUGGCAUGGUCCUUUUAAAACACACUGUGCCAAGUUAUAGUACAUGAGUAAUACACUAGUGAAACUGUUUGCAUGCAACUGCCUGGCAGUUUUUUGGGACCCUUGGUCCCAAAGUCUGUGAAUCCCAAUUUGGGAACCAGUGAUAAAGAAUGGAGAUCAUGUUACUCUCACAAUGAUGCAAUAAAUAUUGUAAUUGUUUUUCCACUAAUGCAGAAUUGCUUUGUAUAAUUAUUAGGGCUGUCAUGUGAUUAUUAUUAAUAUUUUUGCGUCAGGCACAAGGUAGACAUAGAUUAACCAUGAUUAAUCUAAUUUGAAAUGUAUUUAAUUACUUGCUUACCCUUCCACUGUUUGUGUAUUUUGGAAACAAACUUUGCUCUUUAAGGGGGUUUAAAUUAUGGAUUCCUCAAUGUUAUCUGAUGCAGUGUAUUGUAAUCUGAAGCCCAUUGUUUUCUACAAUGCUGAUGGAGCAACAAUCCAUGACUCCUUUGCUCAGUUUUGUUGUAUUCACAGAUUUGGCCCUUAUACAUUCCACAAAUGUGGUUUAACAGCACCACUGCUAGCUCUAACUUACUAUGACUAUAUUGGAAGCACUAAUUUAGCAGCUAAAUGCCACACUAUAUUUUGCUAUUUUUUAAACUUGCUGUGCUCCAACAGAACAUUAUUUCAGUGUUGCAGUAUGACCGUAUGACUUCAUUUCUAUUCAGAGAUCCAUCAGGAAGCUUCUUGAAAAAGAAAGUUUGCUAUCCAGCAAGGUACAGAUUGUCUUGUCAUUCAUUUUGUCUAUUAUUGGUAUUCAGUAGUUUGCUGCUGGCAGCAUCUGCUGCAUCAUGUGAUGUCGCAUAGACUUACAAUUACAAUUCACAUUUGGCAAAUACUUUUAUGCAACGUGAUGUACCUAAGAUUUUUUAUACACCACAAGCAAAGACCUAUUCAGGAAAGAACAACAAGUGCCACAAAGCUGUUUCUGGUCCAAAGGACAUAGGAGCUAUGAGGCAGUGCCUCAUGGCAGUGCAAGGGAGUAAUGUAUAGAGGACAUAAGGUGCAUAGAGGAAGGAAGAAAGCAUACAGGCAGAAUUUAUUAUUAUUAUUAUUAUUAUUAUUAUUAUUAAAUGGGGGAAUUACACAAUCCACUAGGUGAGCAGGCGUUCCCUAAAGUGAGUUUUUAGCCUUUUCUUAAAGAUUGAGAGGGACUGCAAAUCAAAUGGAGAUUGGUAGCUCAUUCCAUCAUCGAGGAACCACAGAAGAGAAGAUCGAGUCUACCUUGUAAUUUAGGGCCUUGUUGUGCUGGCAGCAUCGAGCACCGCUCCAUGGUGCAGCAAAGAGGGCGGGAAGGAGCAUAAACCUGAGAGAGGGAGUCCAGGUAGAUAUGAGCAGUUUUAGCUGCUGCUUUGUAGGCCAGUGUCAAGCACUUGUAUUUGAUUUGAGCAACAACUUGGAGCCAGUGGAGGGAUAUGAACAACCGAGUGACAUGCGCUGUUUUGGGCUGGUUGAAGACCAGAUGCAUCACUGCAUUCUGGAUCAUCUGCAGAGGCUUGAGCAUGCCUGCUGGGAACCCUGUCAGUAAGGAGUUGCAGUCGUUGAGGUGUGUCAAAAGAGCCUUUACGUUCAGGUUCUUGUGUAAGAUACUGAUCUUUUGUUGUACAGAUGGACUGGCUGGGAAGACGAGGGGCUCAGUCUUUAACACAAUGAGCUGAAGGUGCCGUUCUUUCAUCCAUGCAGAGAUAUCAGUGAGGCAUGCCGAUGACUUAAAGGUCAAAAGUGGGUCAAUGUCCUCAAUUAAUCAAAUGUGUUGACAGCCCUGAUAAUUAUCAAUUAAAUCCACUAUGUACAUGUAAUUUACAUGACAAGUACAAAAUAAAUAAAGUCUCCAUUUUAAAAACAA